AUGGCUAGACCAGAAGCCUGCAAGGAAAGCUCAGGUUAUGAGAAGGUCAGGAGAACUAGUGCUCGAUUAUGUAAGCCAAACCUGAGAAUCAAGGAUUUCCUGAUCAACCAAGGUAGGGAGUGGAACCACAGUGUGUUAGAAAGGUUGUUCCCAACGGAGGAGAGGAGGAAGAUUGAAUUGAUAAGACCCUGCGGGAAUGGAUAUUGGGUCCAGUUCAAUAUCAUCAACAAAAGUAACAGCAGAGAGGAGUUAACACAGCCGAGCCUAGACAGUCUCUAUCAGCUAGCGCGACACAUUGCAAGAGAUGGGGACUGCCUUCGUUGUGGUCAAGUUGGAGAAACAGUGAAUCAUGUUCUGUUCCAGCGCCCAUUCGCAAGAUUGGUUUGGGCCUUGUCUCCGAUCCCAGCGCCUCCAGAAGAUGUCAUGGGGAAUUCUCUGUACUCAAAUACCGAUCACGCUUUAAACAUCAAGAAAGCCUACCCAAGAGAUGAGGUAAAAAGUGAAAUGGUUCCAUGGUUGCUAUGGAGAUUAUGGAAGUGUAGGAAUGAACUGUUGUUUAACGGAAAAGAGUAUGAAGCGAUGAGUAUUUUGAGGAAAGCUCGUGAGGAUGCAGAUGAAUGGGAAAGGAGAAAGCAGGUUAACUUGAGUGUGGAAGGAAAUAAGAGGGUGACACACCCCAUUAGCACUUCUCAGGCAAAACCGUGGAAAUUACCUCCCACAAAUUGGUUGAAAUGCAACUCGGAUGGAGCUUGGCAUAAAGAUAGGCUUAAUAGUGGUGUGGGGUGGUUAUGCAGAGAUGGGGAAGGUCGGUUGUUAUGCGCGGGAGCGAGUGUAGUUACAGGGCUGGAAUCGAGUAUUAGAACAGAGGCUGAGGCACUUCAAUGGGCAGAUGAAUCUAUGGCAAGGUUCAGGUAUGAUAAGAUUAUUUUUGAAUCUGAUUCCUUGUCACUGGUUAAGAUGUUGAAUGAGGAAGAAGAGGUCUGGCCGAUGCUAUUACCGGUGAUAGAAGCGAUUUGUCAAGCUCUGAAACAAAUCUCGAGUGUCGAAGUGAGGUUUUAUCCAAGAGGUGGUAAUAAGGCAGCUAACAGAAUAGCAAAGGAGACUUUCACAUUUGUGUCCAAUGUCUCUAAGUUAUAUUCUGUAGUGCCAGAGUGGCUAAUAUUCCAAGUAGAGUCUGAUAAAAGUUGUAUGGUGAAAAAGUUGGUUAAUUGA